GUGCCUUUAGAGAAGAAGAGACACAUUUGAGGACUGUCAACACCCUUUAAAACAUGCCGUCCUUCAAAAACUAUACGCUUCUUUCUGCUCUGUUGAGUUGGAUUCUCAAUAUGCUCCUUCCUUUUUGCAUUGGAACUGAACCUCCAAGAUUCAUACUUGGCAACACUGUCUUUGUGGCCUUCACAGGCGAAGAUCUCCUCGUACAUUUUGAUCUCAGGGUUCCACUGAACCAAAGUAAAGACGACAUGACAUGCUUUGACCCUUUUCACAAGACAAUUUUUAAUCGGCCCAUCCCUCCGACUGUUGGCCAGUCAGAGACGAUGAGGGUGGUAGUGCAGCUGCAUAAGCUACAGACUUCAGGAGAAUACCAUUGCCAGUAUAAGAUGGCCAGAGCUUACUGGUUUGUCCGUCUGCGAGAUGAAGGCUACAGGGAUGUAGUCGGACUGGAUUACACAAACUUCCUAAUAGUGGGCUUCUUCAGUGGAGUGUUGCUGGUGUUUAGUGUGGUCGGAUCUGUGUAUGUCUUCAGAGGAACUUGGAAGAACCAAAUCCCAGAAUGUGGCAAUACAAGCAAAGACCGAAAGCAGAAGAAAGAAAGAACACAGGCAAAGAGGCCGGAGGAUGACAACAUGGGUGUAAUAAUAACUUCUUCCACAUCUCUCUAUGCUAGUCUGGAGACGCGACCUGUGUCUGUUUAUGAUGUGCUGGACCGCUCAGCUGUAAACACUGAUUCCCAGGAAAGGAAACCCGCAGUCAAGCCAAAAACAGGCCAGAAACCAGUGCCACAAAGCUCGCAAGCACAGGAGGAAACCGUGUUUGAGUCUGUGUAUGAAAAUUUCUGAAUCAUAAAGUAACAUGUUUCAACCCUGAUUGUCAUUGUAACCCAUCAAAUAAAUUCAUAAUAUACAUUGCAAUGUUGAAUGACUAAAAGUGGAAAAAUACACUCAUAUACUGCAGAAGAUUUCACUACAGCAUUGUGAAUGACAAUGCAAAAUUACAAAACUGUAUGCAAUAUAGAAAUGUAAAUAAAUAUAAUAAAAGAGUGCAUUUUUUCAAUCUAAUGA